UCGAGGAAACUAAACCAGCACGUGCGCGAGAAACAGCGGCUCCUGUCAAGAGGAGCAGGUGAAGGAAGUCACCAUCGGAAAUGCGCUGCUUAUCGAUACAUUCAAACAUAAGCUUUUUACUUGAUUUAACUGAGUUAUGACCGGACAGGAAAAGGGGUGAUCGGAUUAUGGUGCAGUGAUGGAGAAGCCCCAGAAGACAGAGGAAGAGCAGCCGCCUUGCCCACAGGGGGCAGCACCUGAUGGUGGUUGGGGAUGGGUGGUGGUGGGGGCUCUUUUCGUGAUUUCUGCCCUGGUGUUCGGGCUCAUCCGCAGUCUGGGCGUCUUUUUUGUGGAGUUUGUGCAGUACUUUGAUGAGAGUGCACAGGCCGUGUCCUGGAUAACAUCCAUCGGGCUGGCCAUGCAACAGCUAAUGAGUCCAAUAGGCGCAGCUGCUAGUAAUGUGUAUGGAACCCGUCCUGUUGUUAUGAUAGGAGGAUUUCUUUCAGGCCUGGGAUUCAUUCUGGCUUCACAGGCAACAUCGCUUUUACAUCUUUACCUGACCAUGGGACUAAUUUCAGGUUUAGGCUGGGCGCUGGUCUUCACCCCUACUAUGGCAUCAGUCAUGCAGUAUUUCACCAAGCGGAGAUCUCUAGCCAUGGGCCUGGGCUUCACAGGCGUUGGUCUUGCCUCCUUUGCCUUCUCUCCUCUUUUUCAGUAUUUAGUCGAAGCAUACGCCUGGCGCGGGGCCUUGCUCAUCCUUGGAGGCCUCAGCUUCAACAUGGUUGCUUGCGGAGCGCUCAUUCGGCCUCUGGGGACUCCAAAAGUGGCCGUGAAGACUGAAAACUCGACCAAACUCAACAAAUGCUCAUUUCUGCUCUCCCGAAUCUACGAGUGCUUCGAGCUCUCUCUGUUGACACACCGGGGCUUCGUCACGUACGCCGUGGCCAUCACCUUCUUCAAUGCUGGCUACUUCAUCCCCUACGUUCACCUGGUUGCCCACAGUCGCCACAUUGGUUUCACCGAGUACCAGGCAGCCUUUGUGAUCUCUAUAACUGGAGUGGCAGACAUCGUGGGUCGCGUGGCUUCCGGCUGGGCCUCAGAUCUGGGCAAGAUACGUUUGCUCCACAUGCUGGUGGUGUGGACCGGGCUACUGGGCCUAUCUCUGAUGCUCAUUCCUGUGGCUGUGGUUUACGCUGGACUGCUGCUUGUCAGUAUAGUUUACGGAUUCUGCGCUGGAGCGAUGGCACCGUUGGCCUUUGCUGUGGUGCCGGAGAUUGUAGGAAUCGAGCGGGUGCUGGGAGCUCUUGGCCUCUUGCAGCUUAUAGAGAGUGCUGGAGGACUGUUGGGGGCACCAUUGUCUGGCUGGCUAAAGGAUUCCACUGGCACAUACACAGUUUCCUUUAUCGCCGCUGGAAGUUUCCUCAUGAUAGGUAUGCUAAUUGCAAUGACUCUUCCUUAUUUUUGGUCUUGCACGGCUCCUCCAGCUCCUUCACCAUCAAAGAAGAAAUCUCAGGAAGGCUCUGCUGAAGACGGACUAAUCGGAGAGUCUACAUCCUCUAAUGCUAUAAAUGAAACGCUGUGCUCCGUGGAUCAUAUACCCUACUCAGAUGAGGAGGUAAAGGUCUGUUUAAGCAAUGAUGCUACACAUUCAGUGCAAGAACAAGAAGAAAUACCUCAGGAAAUGACGCAUCGUUCUAAUUUUGCAUAAAUAUUGUGAUUUUGUUAGCGGUGGCGAGCUUUAUAGUCGUUUAUUUGACAUGAUGUCAGAUAGGAUUUGGCAUUGGAAUAUUAGUUGUGUUAUUUUUUUUUUGCAGUUCAUUUCUUAAGUACAUGUUAAUAAGAUUUUCACAAUGCCACUAAAAUCUGUGAGGACAAUCAAACUAAGUUUUGGAGUUUCAAAAGCAGCAGUCACUUUACGUCUAUAUGUUAACUUAUGUCAGAUCUGCUUAUAUUUAUAAUUUCUUAAGUUGACACGCAGCAUGGUAAAACCAUGAUAUGCAACAAACUUUGUGCCAAAAAAACCUAAAUAAAAGGACAAUAUCAGCAUA